CUACAGCUUGAGCUUCAACCUUUUUCACCGCCAAGACUCAAAGUUUUUCCAUCAUCCGUCAAGGAUUUAUGAAUUCAGUGCAGAUCGUAAGUGCACAUAGUAAACUUUCUCUGAACUGACUUUACUCCAAGUAAACCUCUCUGACGUUGAGGAUGGGGGUUCAUGGCCUCACAACGUUUCUGCGGGAAAACAGAAAAUUGUCAGAAACGAUUUCAUUACCGUCGAAGGGCUCGAAACCGGUGUAUUUUGUAGUAGACGGAUGGUCACUUAUAUAUGAAUUAAUAUUUUCACUGCCUUGGGUUUAUGGAGGAGAGUAUCCUCAUUUCGUACGGCUUAUUACUACCGUAGUUCAUGCAUGGCUGGCUGUCGGAGUGAAAUUGGCAUUCGUAUUCGAUGCACCAGAAAUUAAAUUUCGUACCCUAAUGACCCGAAUGGCCAAGUCCCACGUCGAGCCAAGCCUCUUAUUUUUUCGGACCUCCCCAGUCUCUCGUUCUACACCUCGGUUUCUCAAUGAAUCUCGUAUCAUCCCUCCGCUGUCCUAUGCCGUAGCCAUUCAUACCCUGUUGGAGUUGAAGACUUCACAUCCAGAGCACAUUGACAUACAUUUCGCAGAUGAAGAAGGUGACCCGUAUGCUGUGGAACUGGCCGGGAGGCUAGGGGCUUACGUUGUCGCCAACGACUCAGACUUUGCUAUCCUCAAUACGGAAGGUUAUCGCGGGUUCAUUCCGCUGCAGGCCAUGGUCUGGCAUGCGAUAGACGAGGAAACAGAUAAUGAAGAAUUUGAUGAGUGGAUCCAAGCUAGCAAAAAAAAACGACCUUCUAGGAACCCCAAUCUCGGUCGGGGAAUCAUUCCUCCUCCAAAUGCCGCCUCCUCUGAUCUUACGCUCUCAUUCACUGUACACAGUCCGGAAGCCCUUUCCUCGUUUCUCGACAUCCCUAUAACGCUCCUUCCCCUCCUCGGCGCUUUAGCCGGGAACGAUUUUUCAAACCAGUCAGCAGGUGCUGGGAAGCAAGUCCAACAACUUUUUUUCGAACAACGCAUGACACCCAGCGCACGUAUCAAUCGCGUCGCAACUACACUACGAUCAAUUUUAUCUCUCGCCCAAAAACAUACUCAAAAGCAGGCAAAAUAUCAUGUGGAUAGUGUGAUGGAUUUAAUUAGCAAGACCGUCAAGGCUUUGCUUAUCCGGUCAUUGGAUUCACUAGGGUCUGGCGAAGUAGAGGAAAUUGUCGAACGCAUCGUGAAUUCCACGUUACAGUAUGCGAUUCCAAAAUAUCAUGCUCCGACUGAGUUGGAGAACGGCUUGUGGCCUUCACCAUUAUGCGCUCUUCACGAACCCGAUCUUUGUUCGAUGUUACCGCUGUUCUCAAGGAACAUUGCGGCGACGGAGUGGACUGAAGAGGAGCACCUAGAAAAUCCGAUUUCUUCAGAUAAAUUUUCCCAGCUGGUCGAAGUUCGAAGUAAGUUGAUGAAAGCCUACAGAUCGGGGAAGCUUUCUCCCAACAUCAUCAAUUGUCUCAACUCGAGCUCACUCUGGACGAGGUUGUUCCUUGAGAAUCCAGACAUGGAAACGACAGCGACAAUUACCCGCCCGAUCAGGAUAUGGUACUGUGCCAUUUUGGACGAUGCGGUGGGGUUGCCCGGAAAAGAGGACGAGGAAGAGGAGGCAGGAGUUGAUGGAUCAGCCGCAGUGGACGAUGACGAUGAAGAUGAACUAGUUGAUGUUGUUGAAGUUGAUUCAGAUGACGAAGGGCGAGAUAUACUUGCCCCAUUAAAAGGCGCUCUUCGCCGACUACACGAGCCCAACAGUGAUUCAGGUGACUCAUCACCCGAUUAUAGCCUCACAAUGUCUCCCGUCAAGCACUGCAGUAUCACAGAAUAUUACCGCCGUGGUACACGCGUUGUCGACGAAGCUGUUGAGAUUCCUUCUCUAUCGGAACUGCUUUCCGAAACGACAAAUUCAAAGUCGGAGUCAUACACUCCCUCACAUAAUCAUACCAAUCAUACUGUCAAGCUACCUAUCCGACCUCUCCUCACCCAACCUCCCGACGAGCGUUUGGCUGUGCUCCUCCGCGCUCUCAACGAGUCCGAUGAUAUCUUGCGGAAAAUUCAUUCUCUAUCACCUGAACAGCUGUUAACUGCACUAGCGUUUCGAUGGCUACUUCGUUUUCUAUGUGAGAAGGUGGCGGAGAACCCUAUUAGUAAAGAAAGGCAGCAAGCGAGAUGGACGGAGAAGGAGCUGAGGUGCGCCCUAGCAGCUUUUACUUGGGAUGCUAGGAACCAGGCGAGGGAUGCACUCUAUGAAUCAUAUCCACCUAUCACUGAUCGCCACGUCCAACUUACAUCACAAAUUCUUCAAUGUUUAGACGGCGUCCACCAACUAGCAGAGGUCCUCCUUCUCAGUGAUCUCGUGUCAACUUCUGCGCAUCUAUUUUCCGGAAGACGAUUUCACGCCUACCUCACUGGUGAUCUCAGUCCUGUUCCAGUAAAUGCUUUCUCCGGUGAACUCUGGGAUGCCUGCGUCCAUAAAUUGGGUGAUGCUUUCGCCGAAGAGCGGAUGAGCAGGAAGGAGAAGAAAUCAAAGAAGAGCCAGAAUCAGAAUGUGCCGCAUGUGGCUGAUACACCGAAGAAAGCCAACGCUAAUAACAAAACUGAUGGCCGAAGGGGUGGAAUAUACGAUAUGUUGGGUGAUGUCGAACUUUGAUGCAUGGUCAGUGUUCUACCAUUCACCUAUUACAGUAAUCGCCAUUGUACCUUUUCUGUAUCCUCAUCAGACCUCCAUGGUUUUAUCUUCGAGUGCGCCUUGCUUUCUAUUUGCUAUCUAUUUCUAUUAUGUACAUUAUAUUUAUCUAUCUAUUCAAGCUAUUGUAGCUGUAGAACGGAAAAGCUAUAUGUACAUCUCUUGACUUGGUGGUUUACA